AUGAGCCAUCAAACCUUUUUAUUUAGCCCUAAAUUUAGCAAGAAACCAAUCUAUGAUUCACCAACAAAUAAAUAUCAAGAAUUUUCUAAUGCUUAUGUAUAUAGUAUUAUGGUGAAGACAGGAAAUGGUACCCCUAACCGUGCUGAUGUUUGUCGCAAAGCAACACAAGAAUGGAAUAGAAUUAAAAAAAAAAGCACAACAGAAAUUGAUGAAAUAAUCAGAAAAUACCUAAUCACACAAUUUAACUUAUAUAAUAUACAAACAAUGAGACCAAGAUAUCCUAUACCUAGAGAAGACUUGACCCCCCUUCCUACUACUAUUCAUUUGGUAGAACCUACACCAGAAAUUCCUGUUAAUGCAGCAGCUCAAAAAAAGGUAGCAAAUGGAAUAAAAAUAGCUGAAAAAAAACUUACUGAAUUUGAGCAAAUUUACAAUUUCACAACUGAUUCUCAACUUCGUCAUGAUAUGCAUGUAAAAAUAGCAGACCUUCAAGCCCAAAUAAAAUCUAAUAAAGAUAAGAUUAUCCAAUUAAAAAGAAAUGCGGAAUAUACUCAAAAAUGCAAAGAAAAAAAACAGAAACUGCUUCUUGAAAGUCAAGAAAUAAUACUAUAUGAUAAACCUGGUCGUCCACCACUCCUUUUCCAACAUCCAGAUUUACAUGAUCAUAUUCAUGAUUCAGUUGAGUUUGGAUCAGCUGAUGAAAAACGGCGAAAAGAAGUGGUUAAGGUGCGGAUAAUCAAAAAUUUGCAUAAGAAUCUUGAAGAGAAAUAUAAUGUCUACAUGGCAAGAACAACAUUGAAUAACUACCUGCUGCCUCAUCAAUCCAACUCCAUUGCUGCAAGAGCACACCAUCAUCCAGCAUGGGUUGCAGUAGCCAGAGUUUCAUGUGCUGAAACACGGGACCAUCCUAAUGGUCACUAUUGUCUUGCAUCUGUUAAAUGUGCAAAGCAAUUUGCAACUGUCUUUGCUGAUAUGUCUGUUGUCAUUUCUCAAGAUGACAAGGCAAAGAUAGGUCUUGGAGUGCCUGCUGUAGGUCGGACAUUUCACACAUUGCAGUCAGUUCAUGAGCCUGUUUGUGUGGCUGAUCAUGAUUUUCCUGUAGGAAGUGGGCAAAAGUUAGUUCCAUCAGUUUAUCUUAUGAUCAAACCAAAUGAAUCAAAUGAUGAAUUACGAACAGGACAACUUGCCAUUUUUGUAUGUCAUCAAUGGUCCCUUGGUACGUCUUCACACACACACAUGCAAGAUCUUGAAAGCUUCACUUUAUAUCCUCAAUAUGAUGAUGUGUUGAAGAUUAAUGGAGAAAUUCGACCUAUUUGGGUGUUAUUAGUAGAUGGAAGACCAGAUGAGAAUCCAAGACAUCUAAAAAACAUUAAAACAUACUAUUACCUGACUGUACGAACACAUGCUCCAGGACAAUCCAAGUAUAAUCCUGUUGAAAGGGGCAUGGCAACACUAUCUGGAAAAUUGGCAGGUAUCACACUACCAAUUGAUCACUAUGGAACACACCUAAAUAUACAAGGCAAAGUGAUCAAUCCAGAUUUAGCCCUUCAAAACUUUCGAUAUGCUGGAGAGGCACUUUGUAAUAUUUGGCACCAUGAUUUGAUUUUUGGAAAAAGUGUAGAUGCGCGGUAUGUUGAAGAGCUUGUUAAUCCAUUUGAAAACCUGCAGUUUGAAGGUACAGAAAAAGAAAAAAUAGAGAAAGGAAUUGACUCAACAGAAUGUUUUGUGCCAUGGUCAUGGAUUGAAAAUCAUUGUAACUUAUGUCAAUAUUCUAUUGAUAUUAAACGAUGCAUGAAUAGGAGCUGUUGUAAACCAUCUCGUGCAAAAGAAGCCAUAGAUUUUCUUCAAUUAAAUAAUG